AUGGUUGAAUUAAAUGAUGUUGAAAUGAAAGAAGUCGAUUCAACACCUAGUUCAAAUACAACAGCGACAUCAAAAGAUGAGAAAAAAGAUGCUGAUACAUUAACAUUGGAUGAUAUUAAAGAACAAGUACGUACAAUUGAAAAAGCUGUAAAUUCAAAAGAACCUCGAUAUAUACUUCGUGUAUUACGUGCACUUGCAUCAACACGUAAACGUCUUAAUGAAGAUGUUAUUCGUCGUCUUAUUUGUUUUUAUUAUGGAUCGAAUUCGACUGAACGAGAAAUUCUUCUUAAUUUUAUUCAAACAAUUUCUCAGCCAAUGGAUGUUGAUACAGGAAAAAUAAAUACAAUCAAUGAAAAACAAUUAAUAUCUCGUCCACAAACAUCAAGAGCACGUGCAGUUGCAUUACCAGAAGUUGAUUUAUAUAUUCAUUUAAUUGUACUUCUUCAUUUAAUUGAUCGAAAUUCAUUAAAAUCUGCAUUAGAUUGUGCUAAACGACUUGUUGAUAAAACAAGUGUAUUAAAUCGUCGAACAUUAGAUUUACUAUCAGCUAAAUGUUAUUUUUAUUAUGCACGUAUAUUUGAAUUAAAUAAUAUGCUUGAUACAAUUCGACCAUUUUUACAUAGUCGUUUACGUACAGCAACCUUACGUAAUGAUUUUGAAGGAACAGCUGUAUUAAUUAAUUUAUUAUUAAGAAAUUAUCUUCAUUAUAAUUUAUAUAGUCAAGCACAAAAACUUGUAUUAAAAUCAGUUUUUCCUGAUCAUGCAUCAAAUAAUGAAUGGGCUAGAUAUCUUUAUUAUAUAGGUCGAAUACGUGCUAUGCAAUUAGAAUAUACAAAAGCUCAUCAACAUUUAUUAACAGCUAUACGAAAAGCUCCACAACAAACAGCGAUUGGUUUUAGACAGGAUGCAUAUAAAUUUCUUAUUACUGUUGAAUUACUUUUGGGAGAUAUUCCUGAUAAAGCAAUAUUUAAAAAUCCUCAACUUAAACGUUCAUUAGAUCCAUAUUAUCAAUUAACAUUAGCUGUACGUGCUGGUGAUUUAAGUCGGUUUAAAGAAGUUCUUGAUACAUAUUCGAAUCGUUUUCAACAAGAAAAAACUUGGUCACUUAUUAUACGAUUACGACAUAAUGUUAUUAAAACAGGAAUUAAAAUGAUUAGUUUAUCAUAUGCAAAAAUAUCUUUUAGUGAUAUUGCACAAAAAUUACAACUUGAUUCACCAGAAGAUGCUGAAUAUAUUGUAGCUAAAGCUAUUCGUGAUGGUGUAAUUGAAGCAAGUAUAAAUCAUGAACAAGGUUAUGUACAAUCACGUGAAAUUAUUGAUGUUUAUACAACACGUGAACCAAUGAAUGCAUUUCAUCAACGUAUUCAAUUUUGUCUUAAAGUUCAUAAUGAAGCUGUUAAAGCUAUGCGUUAUCCACCAAAAAAAUAUCAUGAAGAAUUAGAAACAGCUCAAGAACGACGUGAACGUGAACAAGAAGAAUUAGAGUAUGCCAAAGAAAUGAGUGAUGAUGAGGAUGAUUUUUAA